UUGCCAAUCUUAGCUGGAAAAGAGCCAGCAAAAGAGAUAGCCUCCACGGUACAAAGUUCUGGAAAAGAAGUAGAGGUGGUAGAAGGAGAUGAAGUGCAAAAAACCAUCGAGGCUGAAACAGUUGCAGCCAGUUCCUCACAGCCCCCGGAAGAUACAUUGAGCCCAAACUUGCCAAUCGUACUUGGAAAACAGCCACCAAAAUCUGCGUCCAAGACUCCAAGUUCUCCAAAAGAACAAGAAGGGAACGUUGCUAUAGAAGGAGAUGAGGUGGCAACCGAAACCGAACCAGUUGCAGACAGGGCCAUAAUACAACCGCUGAGAGCCAAGCCUAGGCCAAACUUAUCAAACCCAGCAGAACAACCACAGAAAGAAAAUGCGUCUGCAGCCGAAAAUCCCGGAAAAGAACAGGAAGAACAAGAAAUAGCUGCACAGGAAGAUGGGGAAGCAGUGACCGAACCAGUUGCAGCCGAUUCCACACAAGCACCAAGAUCUACGCCCCGGUCAAACUUACCAAACCCAAUCAGAAAACAGAUACCUACAGCUCGAAGUUCAUUACCGUUAGCUGAAGGGACAACUCAAAAAACAGGCUCUAGAGUAGCUCUCAGCGCAAAGGAAGACGAAUCUAAACCGGAAAACGAAUUGUCUCCUAAUGCAUUGGUUUCAUCAACUCCACCAUCUUCAUCCGAGCAAGAAACAACUAGAUCUUCUAAACGCAUCCGACACAAAAUUGCGCUUCCCGUUGUGAGAGCAGAUCCUCGAAAAGACCCAGAUGCUACCCGUUUCGAAGAAUGCGCUAUUGCUGUGUCAUUGCCGGAAAAUAGCGAACCAGGAACUCUGGUGACAACUCUGCACGUACUCAAUAGGAAAAAGGGCUCAAGCCAUAUGACGGAAUGUGCCAGAACUCGUAUCAGCGUGGAACUUCUCGAUGAAAACGACAAUAAACCAGCUUUUGAAAAAGAAUCGUAUACAUUCAUCGUAUCGGAUCGGAUUCCUAUGGAAGAAGCUGUGGGAAUAGUUCGUGCGAGGGACAUUGAUGAGGUUACUAUUUUUUCUUUAAAG